AUGGGGAGGCCGCCUUGCUGCGACAAGGUGGGCGUGAAGAAGGGGCCCUGGACGCCGGAGGAGGACCUCAUGCUCGUCUCCUACAUCCAAGAGAACGGUCCCGGGAACUGGCGCGCCGUGCCGACAAACACCGGGCUGAUGCGGUGCAGCAAGAGCUGCCGGCUUCGGUGGACCAACUACCUUCGGCCGGGGAUCAAGCGCGGAAACUUCACCGACCAGGAGGAGAAGCUCAUCGUCCACCUCCAGGCGCUUCUCGGCAACCGAUGGGCGGCGAUAGCGUCCUACUUGCCGGAGCGAACGGACAACGACAUCAAGAACUACUGGAACACGCACCUCAAGAAGAAGCUCAAGAAGAUGCAGGCCGAAGGUCAUGAGGGCGGCGCCUCCGAAGGUGGCGACGGCGGCAGUGUCGCAAAGGCGGCCGCCCCCAAGGGGCAGUGGGAGCGCCGUCUGCAGACGGACAUCCACACGGCGCGGCAGGCGCUGCGUGACGCGCUCUCGAUCGAGCCCUCUCCCUCCGCCGCAAAGGCGCUAGUGGUGCCGGCGUUGCCGACGCCACCUGGGUCGGUGACGACGUACGCCUCGAGCGCAGACAACAUCGCGCGGCUUCUGGAGGGGUGGAUGCGCCGCGGGGGCAGCAGCAAGGGACCGGAGGCGUCGGGGUCGACUACGUCCACGACGGCUACCACGCACCAGCAGCCACAGUGCUCCUGGGAUGCCGCGGCGUCCCCGUCGGCGAGCCACAGUGGCGGUGGCACGGUCGCGGCGCAGACGCCUGAGGGCUCGUCCCAGACGAGCAACCUGGCCAGCACUGGCGCCCCGCCAGCGUUCUCCAUGAUAGAGAGCUGGCUGCUCGACGACGGCAUGGGGCACGGCGAGGCGGGCCUCAUGGACGACGUGGUACCACUGGGGGACCCCAGUGAAUUCUUCUAA